UUUAUAUUACGAUGUCACGUUGUAAUGUGGACAGGAGACAUGCCUGCUGUAUCAAAAUUAAUGUGUAUGACAGGCCAUAACGCAUAUCUUGGUUGUAGAUAUUGUUAUUUGAAAGGUGUAUAUUCUGAAGAAUCUAGACAUGUAUAUUUUCCAUGUUCUAUGCCAAGAACUAGUGAUAUUACGGACUUUGAUCCUAAAGAACUUCCUAAACGUACUGAGGAUAACUUUUUAAAUGAUAUAAGCAAGAUUAUAAAUGAAACUAAUAAGAAAACAAAAGUAUCAGUCAUUAAAGAAACAGGAAUUAAUGGCCGUAGUAUACUUUUUGAACUUAAAUCAACUAAAUUUCCGCGAUCAUUUCCUGUAGAUAUCAUGCAUCUCUUUUUCGAAAAUAUUUCUAUAAACAUGUUUAAGCAUUGGUCAGGAACCUAUUUUAAGGAUCAAUCAUUAAAUAAUGAACAAUAUGUUCUUAAUAGCCAAGUAUGGAAACAAAUAGGUCAAAUUAUGCAUGAAUGCCGUAAACAAAUUCCUUUAGAAUUCGGACGCUCGCCAAGAAAUAUUUUUAAGCACCAUAAUGGAUAUAAAGCUGUUGAAUGGUCAGAUUGGAUAACAGUUUAUUCCAUCCCGUUUUUAUUGAAUAAAUUAUCGGCUAAGUAA